AUGGUAGACUGUGCUAAAAUGAAGACACGGGUUCUGAAUGAAGUUCAAAUGCCAGGAAAAUAUGGUUCAAGGUUGAAACCAAGAGAUUCUAAAUUUGAAGGGGAAGAACUCAAUCAAUACAUCCCUAUGUCUUGUUUGAAGACCGACAAAAUAUUUGAGAAAGCUCCAAGUCAACUACUAACUGCAGACAGAAAUGUUUGUCAAGAAGACAGUGCAGCCAAGCUUGGUGCUCUUGUAGAAGGAACUCAUGAAUCAAAGGGAACAGCAGGACCUCGCUGGCAGGUUGAACAGUCUCAGUCUCCUCAGCCUCUUCAAAUACAGAUGAAAUGUGUGAGGGGCUUGAAGAACAAGGCCCCCCAAGGCUCUUACCUCAUCAAAGUGUCCCUGCUUAGUCAUCUAGGUGGUGGUGUCUUGCAGUGGUGCCAAACAGCACAGCUAAAGAUUAGGACCUGCCCAGUGAGGCAUGAUGGAAACUUUUACGACGUGGGGCUGUAUUUCCAUGAAAACCUUUAUGUGGUAAUUAAACUUCCUGUGUGUUUGAAUGAUCAAAAAACCCACGUGAGACAUAUUCAGCUUCCCCCUGAAUUUCCAGUUUGUUUAAAGGCUGAAGCAGGAAAUACAGAAUCAGGUGUGGAAAAUACAACUGGACUUUCAGGGGAAGAAAAAGAGAAAAGCAUUUGUGCAUCAGUGAGUAAUAAGGCUAAACCUUCCUCACACUCUCCACAGGGUCCCUGGGGCCCUGGAAUGGGAGGCCACAAAGGUUUUCAUGAAGAAUUUGGCAGCGGCAUGCAGACAUGAGUUUGUAGCCUGGGUUGGGUCUGGGGCCAAGGCCACAGAACUCUUAGAGGCAAGGCUGAGGAUGAGAAUUGGAUCCCUGUCACCGAGCUGGGCCACAUGGUCAAGGAUAUGAAGAUCAAGUCCCUGGAGGAAAUCCUCUUCUCCCUGCCCAUCGAGAAACCUGAGAUCAUCGACUUUUUCUUGGGGGCAUCCCUCAAGGACAAGGUUUUGAAGAUUAUGCAAUUUCAAAAACAGACUCAUGCUGGCCGGAAUAUCUGGUUGAAAGCCAUUGUCACUAUCAGAGAAUAUAAUGGGUGUGUCAGUCUGGGUGUUAAGUGCUUCAAGGAGGUAGCCAUUGUCAUUUUCGGGGCCAUCAUCCUGGCCCCGAACAAUUCUAUUGUAUUUGUGCAACAAGGCUACCAGGGGAAUAAGAUCAACAAGCCUCUCACCAUCCCUAGCAAGGUGACCAAACACCAGGGCUCUGUGUUGGUGUGCCACAUUGCUUCUUCCAGGGCCACUGGCAUUGACUCCAGCCCGGUGCCCAAGAAAAUGCUGCUGAUGGCCGGUAUGGACAACUGCUACACCUCAACCAGGGCUGCUUGCACUGCCACCCUUGGCAAUCUUACCAAGGCCACUUUUCAUGCUGCCUUCAAGACCUACAGCUAUUUCACCCCCAACCUGUGGAAAGAGAUUGUGUUCACCAAAACCUCCUAUCAGGAAUUUACCAUCCAUUUUAUGAAGACCCACACCAGAGAUUCUGUGCAGAGAACUCAGGCUCCAGCUGUGGCCAGCACAUAA